UCGUACGAGCUGUUUUUAUAAACCGUCGGAAGGUUAACCGCCAGGAUGGUCUAGUUUGGUUUAACUAUUUGGGCUUGUGUUUUCCAGUUUCAAUUUUCACAUUUUAGUGUGUGUAUCUUACUCUCUCCCUUCCCGGCAAAUUUCCAACCAUCGUCUAUCUCUCCUUCAAGAAACUCUUCUCCGAUUUCGUAAGUUUUCUUGAUGCGUGAUUUUUGACGGGACAAAAUCCCGUUGUAUGAUGAAGAAAUCACCAUUACCUGUGCAAAAUAUUUGUGGCACACCGAAGAAUAUUUGUAGCAAGGAAGAUCUGGUCAAAAUCUUGAGAUGGCAUUUUGGGCAUUCUGAAUUUCGUGGCAAGCAACUGGAGGCUAUUGAAGCUGUUUUGUCAGGAAGAGAUUGUUUUUGUCUUAUGCCCACUGGAGGAGGAAAGUCUAUGUGUUAUCAGAUUCCUGCUCUCGCAAAACAUGGGAUAGUCCUUGUUGUUUGUCCGCUAAUAGCUUUGAUGGAAAACCAAGUGAAGGCUUUGAAGGAAAAGGGCAUUGGAGCCGAAUAUCUCUCCUCAACUCAAUCAUCCCAUGUCAAGGAGAGGAUUUAUGACGACUUGAACUCUGGAAAAUCUUCCUUGAAGCUGUUGUACGUGACACCAGAGUUGAUAGCAACAACAGGUUUUAGCUCAAAACUCUCUAAAAUUCACAGCCGGGGGUUAUUGCAUUUGAUUGCCAUAGAUGAGGCACAUUGCAUUUCAAGUUGGGGUCAUGACUUCAGGCCAAGCUACAGGAAACUAUCCUCUUUGAGAGACAUCCUUCCAGAUGUUCCAAUUUUAGCAUUGACGGCAACUGCUGCACCAAAGGUUCAGAGUGAUGUGAUUGCAUCAUUAAGUUUGCGAAAUCCUCUUGUCCUAAAAUCAUCUUUUAAUCGCCCGAAUAUAUACUAUGAAGUUCGGUAUAAAGAUCUUCUGGAUGAUAGUUAUGCUGAUUUAUGUGGGGUUUUUAAGUCCUGCGGGGAAGUUUGUGGCAUAAUUUACUGCCUUGAAAGAUCAGCUUGUGAUGCCUUGGCUACUCACCUAUCGAGUUAUGGGAUAUCAUGUGCUGCUUAUCACGCAGGUUUGAACAAUAAAGUACGAAGCUCCGUCUUAGAUGAUUGGAUUUCUUCGAAGAUACAAGUUGUUGUCGCAACAGUAGCCUUUGGGAUGGGAAUUGAUAGAAAGGAUGUUCGAAUUGUCUGUCACUUCAAUAUCCCUAAGUCGAUGGAAGCAUUUUAUCAAGAGUCUGGAAGAGCUGGACGUGACCAAUUACCGUGUCGAAGUGUCCUUUACUAUAGCAUUGAUGAUCGCAAGAGAAUGGAAUUUAUUUUGAAAAAUCCUCAAAGCAAGAAAUCGGAGCCCUCACGCUUCGUAGAUUUGUCGUCAAAGAAGCCUCUGGACGAUUUCAGACAGAUGAUCGAGUACUGUGAAGGUUCUGAUUGUCGUAGAAAAAAAAUUCUUCAAAGUUUUGGGGAACAGGCACUUGCUUCUCUCUGUGGUAAAACAUGUGAUGCCUGCAAACAGCCAAAUGUAGUUGCCAAGCACCUUGAGCAGUUGAGUUCCUCAGCCACUCUACAAAAAAACCUGGUGGCUCGAGUUUUUGUGAACAGUUCCAUGAACAAUAUUGGUGGAGAACAAUCAAGUGAGUUUUGGAAUCGUAGUGAUGAUGAAUCAUAUGGUUCUGAGGAAGAAAUAUCUGAUUCUGAUGAUGAUAUUGAAGUGUCAAAGGGCCUAAGCUGCUCAAGAUUACCAUCAAGAUUAAACGAGAAACUUGAUAUAUUGCAGCGAGCAGAAGAAAAAUAUUAUCAGUGCGGAGGCUCUCAAGAGCAGACUAGUAGAAAAGACAAGAAUUCAAUAUCUUACACAUUAAGAGAGUCAUGCAAGCAAAAACUGUUAAAUGCUUUAAAAGAGACUCAACGAAAACUUGGCAGGUUUGACAUCGAAUCAGCUGUCACCAUCCUUGAAAGUGAAUGCUACAAGAAAUGUGUAAAGAGCGGGAAAUCAUUUUAUAUUUCACAGAUGGCUGGUACAGUACGGUGGCUAUCAACUGUAAGUUUAACUGAUUUAACCCACAGGCUGCAGCCCGACUCACCAAAUAUGAAGAACUUGAAGCCAGAGGACUCUAUUCAAAAGCCGACUUCCCCCUCAAUUGACUCUAAUAAAGCUAUAAAGGCAAUCGUCCAUGCAAAAACUAUAGUAGAUCCACUGCCUUCGUCUGCACAAACAUCAGAUAGUGUAGCUCGUAAAAUAAUUUUACCUCCAAUUCCAUCCUUCUCUGACUUUGUGAGGAGCACCAAACCGAAAAUUAGUCAAGCCAUCCAUCGUUCCGAUUCAAAAAGGAAUUCAACAGAUGUUUCCGGUACAGCAGAUAAGAGGAAGAGGUUGCAAUAGUCUUGUAGUUUCACUGUUCAGAUUUCGAGCAUGCCAACUAACUUGCAUAGUCUCAUCUUCUGGUUGCCCUUGGUGAGGGCAGUGAAUGCUGUUUGUGAGAAAAUCAAAUCAUUUACUUAUUGUACUUGACAACACAAAUCGAUGCAAUGAAUAUUCAACUAUGAAGUCUAAUUAGUAAUUCAAAAGAGAAUUGACGUAUUAUUCAACGUAUUUAAAAUAUGAAUUUCAUAUUUGAUGCUUA